GUAGUCUUAAGAAGAAGAAAGACUGAAUCAGUCUUUGUCUAUCUGUCACUCUUCUUUUAAUCUCUCUCUCUGUAGACUUGGGGGGAGUACUUUCUUCUCCAGUAGAUGAUCUCCUUUACUUAGUUAUACUCUCUCUUGUUUGUGCAGAAGGUUUAGGUGUGUGUGUGAGAGAGAGAGCAUUUUAGUGUAGAGAAAAAUCCCUAGAAAAAAGAGGAGGAGAGGUUUUCCGAUGGACAUGUAUGCUACCCAAUGGACCUCAGGAGACGCCGACACCACCGGACUCCAAGAAUCAAUGUGGAGAUUAGGGUUUGGGAAGAGUGAAACAAGGUACCCAGAGAGAGCAGGUGCCCCUGACUGUGCCUACUACAUGCGUACUGGUGUCUGCGGUUACGCUUCUAGAUGCCGUUUCAAUCACCCUCCCCAUCCUUCCACGGUUGAAGCAACUGUUAGAGCCACUGGACACUAUCCUGAACGCCAUGGUUCCCUCCCUUGUCAGUUUUAUUUGAAAACUGGAACCUGUAAAUUUGGGGCUUCCUGCAAAUUCCACCAUCCAAGGAAUGCAGCUGGAUCAUCAUCCAUCAGCCACGUUCCUCCUCUCAGUGUCUGUGGCUACCCUCUACGACUGGGUGUAAACGAAUGCUCUUACUUUUUGAAAACUGGGCAAUGCAAAUUUGGUAUCACCUGUAAAUUUCACCAUCCUCAGCCUGCUGCUCCUGCUGCAACUCUCCCACCUCCAGCAUCUGCACAUCAGUUUUAUCCAUCGGUGCGACAGCAGUCACUUAUCCCUGGACCUCCAUCCUCUAACUUGAGACCUCUUCUUCCCGGUUCUUAUUUGCAAGGCACCUAUGGUCCAUUGCUAUUAACCACCCCAGGGGUCCUUCCUAUUCAAGCAUGGUCUCCUUACUCGGCACCUGUGAGCCCUGCUCUAUCUCCUGGUGCAACUUCUUUAUAUGGAGGAGUUACACACCUCUCUUCCACCACUCCUUCCCUUCCCCGGGUCGGUGUUGUUCAGAAAGUAGAGAGCUUUCCAGAGAGACCCGGUCAACCAGCGUGCCAGUACUAUUUGAAAACUGGAGAUUGUAAGUUUGGAACAUCUUGCAAGUUUCAUCAUCCUCGCGAUUGGGUUCCUACAAGACCUAACUGCGUCCUCAGUUCCCUUGGUCUUCCUAUUCGUUCGGGUGUGCAACACUGCACUUUCUACGUACAAAACGGCUUCUGUAAGUUUGGGUCAACAUGUAAAUUUGAUCAUCCAGUGGGAACCAUCAGAUACAAUCCUUCUGCGUCCUCCCUCGCUGAUGCACCCGUAGCUCCUUACCCGGUGGCGACCUCUCUCUUGGCCUCUUCUUCUUCUUCGUCUGCUGAAGCACAUCUAACAUCUGGGGAUGAUCCUUACUUGCCAGCGUCAAGAAGCACAUCUAACAUCUCCGCAGGUUUGAUAUUCUCCCAGAAUGGCGGCGGCUCUGUUCCAUUCACUGACCUCCAGCUUUCCAGCCAGACAUCUCUUUCCCUAACCGCUAGCAGAAUCACAAGACAAGGUCGAGAAAUCCGUAGAUCCUUUUGAAAAAAGAGGGUAAGCAUUACGCAGGCCUCUGGAUCAUUCUUAAUAUUAUAUAUAGAAGAUUGUGAUGUGAGAUUAUAAUCUCCCUCCCUACCUUAAAACGAACAAGUCUAGUUGAGUAGAAGAACCGAUUUGAGAAUCAC